UAAAAAAUGGUGAAAACAAUAACAUAGUAAGCAAAUGUUGCAAAGAACAUACAGUUUUUCAUAAUCAUGAGCAUGAAUCCCACCGCGCGAAAAACUAGCACACCCUUCCCUCAGCAGCGUUGGUAUUGGACUGAUAAAACCACGGGGAAUUGUUCGGGUCCCUCAACUGAACGAGAAAACCCCGCUGCUUCCCAUCUUCAUCCAUACAUUCGCUCCGCACACACACACAUCUACACGCGCUGUGUUUGCAGCUGUAGAACUUGAUUCAGAAUGCAUGUUUUCUCGCUCUGGCACAGAGUAAAAGGUUCGAGCGACUUCGGCUUUGUUUGGUGGGAUCUGCCGAUUACAAUCAAUUCUCGAGUUAUGCGGUUCUCAACUUACGCGUUUUUCGGAGGUACGCAGUUUUUUUAAUUUGACAGAUCAAACAUAAAAUCAAUAUAAUUUACUUCAAAAAUUGUACAUUGUAGUUUAAAUAGCAUUUUUGCUAAUAUAUUUUAAUCCACUUAAGAGCCUAAAUUAUCAGAAUGUUUGGCUCGAAAUUAUAUCAAAUGAGUGAUAAAGUGUAUACAAGUACUAUAUUGAAUAAAAAUUACCGAGUAACUAACUGUAUUUUGCACGAAAACCACGAAAUUCGACUUACGCUAAUAUUCGAGUCAGGCGGAUUCCUCGGGAACGCAUAAACCGCGUGUCUCGGGAUCAGACUGUAUAUGGAUGUGUAUACUUUAUUACAGUGCGUUACCAAAAAAGCCAUUUCAAUGCACCUCUAUUUCGCUACUUGAUAAUAUGAAUUUUUAUGUAAAAUGUUUAUUAUUUUUUAAUAUAUUUGUUAAAGAUCAAUGCAUUGUUUUUAACCUUUAAAAAGCGACAAAAAUAACAACACAGUAGCUAAUUUUAUUUAUUUUACGAAAAAAAUUCAAUAUGAAAUGUGACACACUGACACACCACACCAAGUAGUUUUUGUGCGCUGUACUGUAGAAAACAAAGUGCAUUGUCGCCGGAUAAACAAACGAGCAAUGUGAGUAUUGUGUUUGUUAUUAUUUGGCGGUAUUUUUUCAACAUUCAAUGAUUCUACAUCUUUUAUAUUUGCAGGAAUAAUUCUCGAAUGAUAGAAUUGCUACAAUCACCACAAUGGGCAGGAGUAUUAGCCCGAGUGCUUGCCAUGAAUUCGGUGCGGCGGCGACGUGCUUUGGCUAAAAUCCGGAAAUGGUGGAUGAAACCAAUUUUCAUACAACGUCACGAAGCCGGAAAUAAGUUGCUCGAUGUUAUAAUGCAGGAACAAGUUUUAGGGGCCACGUUAAGUUUCCUUCGCAUGGACAUAAGAGAUUUCCAUCAUCUUCUCGAGCUUGUUGAGCCACUCAUUCGAAAGUCUGACACAAAUAUGCGACGAGCUAUUACCACACAGGAAAGACUGUUGAUUGGACUACGCUACGUGGCAACGGGUGAUUGUUUUGGUAGUUUGAAAUAUUUAUUCCGGGUGUCCAAACGAUCUAUCGGCCGAAUAAUUACUGAAGUUUGUGCAGCAAUAAUUGAGGUGCUUCAAGAAUAUGUUCAGCUCCCAUCUACGACUGACGAGUGGCUGAGAAUAUCAAAAGAAUUUGAAACUCGAUGGAAAUUCCCGCAUGCCAUAGGAGCGGUUGAUGGUAAACACGUGCGAAUCCAAGCACCAAAAAAUAGUGGCACCGAGUACUUCAAUUAUAGGAGAUUUCACAGUAUCGUUUUGUUCGCUGUUUGUGAUGCUAAUUAUAAUUUUCUGUAUGCGGAUGUAGGCUGCCAAGGACGAAUUUCCGAUGGUGGCGUUUUUAAAAACUGCUCGUUGCGUCCACUCCUGGAGAAUAAUUCUUUAAAUAUUCCUGCCCCGCAAGUUUUAAGCUUGCCGUAUUCCAUAGAAGUUCCAUACGUCUUGUUAGGGGACAAGGCAUUUGGUAUGACGGAAUAUUUAAUUAGACCUUUCAGUGGCAUGCACGCGCGUGGUACUCUGGAACGUACCUUCAAUACGCGCCAUUCGAGUGCACGAGGUAUUAUUGAAAACACUCUAGGCAUACAUUCCAGCCGAUUUAGAGUGUUGGAAGGUCCUAUUCCGUUAGCACCAGAGAAGGUCAAAGUGGUAGUACUUGCCACAGUUUAUUUACAUAAUUUUCUUAGAAAUCGACACUCUGCUCCAAUGUACAUGCCUCCGGAGAGUACAGAUCGAGAAGUAAAUGGCCGCAUUGUGCAUGGAACUUGGCGAACAGAUAUAGGGGCUGCUGCUUUGACCGGACUUGCUGGGAUUCGAGUAAGAUCCUCCCAGGAACUUAGGGAUAUGCGCAUGAGAUUUGCGGAUUAUUUUAUGAAUUUUUAAAUUAUAUUUUUCACUUAUUUUGUUUCUUUAUACUUAUCAUGUGAUUCAUAAAAAAACACAAAUAUACAAAAGAAUUGAUAGGAACUGAACAACAAAUAAAUAAAUUGCAAUUUACAGUAAACUUGUAAUCCA